UGUCCCUUAAUUAACAGAAGAAUCAAUUUGUGAACGUAACUAAUUGUCUCAGCAUGUACCUAAUUCAACUACCGGUCUCACAUCUGCUUUAACAAUAUGUCCAUCCAUCUGAACAAUAUCCAAUCUCUAGGAGGACAUCAAUUGGCUUGUCUCUUUGGUAGACAUUGCAUAAUGGAUACGGAACAUCACUACCCAACAUUUGGUUGAUUAGUCACAAGGCAAGACCAUGUGAAGUCCACAUAGGCUCUCUCCAAAGCAGACUCUAACUAACCAUUUCCACCACUCUGUACAUAUGAAUUCAUCUAUAUAAAUCCACACACCAGGCUCAGGUACCUAGCAACCAAAGUCAGCAAACAACAAACCAUCCUCCUUGAGUUCUUUUUCUUGAUCCUCUUCUACAGAUCCAUCAUCAAAAGAAAUAUCAUGGCUAGAAAUCUGGCUACUGUUCUUGCCAAGCAAAUCAUGCACCGAUCUGCAUUAGCUGCAAACAAAGCAACUUCAAGAUCUUCAAGUAGACCUAAAGGUUACUUAGCAGUGUAUGUUGGUGAGACAGAAGAGAAGAGAUUUGUAGUGCCAAUAUCCUUUCUGAAGGAGCCUUCAUUUCAAGACUUGCUAAAUAAAGCAGAAGAGGAGCAUGCUUUUGAUCAUCCAAUGGGCGGUUUGACAAUUCCCUGCAGGGAAGAAACUUUUAUUGGUGUCACUUCUAGCUUGAGUAGAUCACAAGGGAAGGCAUAUUAAUCUGAUCUCAGAAAACAAUUUUGUGAGGCAGUAAUGGCCAUAUCAAUGUAAAUACUUUCUUUGCUAUAGAAUGAAAAUGAUUGUCAUAUUAUAAAUAUGUGUGUGUGCAAUUUACACUUUUUUUUCUUGUCUCCCCUCUUUUGUUAACAGGGAAUUGAAAUAUAAAACUGUAAUAUACAAAAUGAUUGAGUAGACAAUUUCGUAUUGAA